GCUCCUGCGAACCCGGCCCUGGCUGUUGUGUGCCACCGCCGCCAGCGCGUGCACGCGUGGAGAGAUUGGCGGCUGACAGGGCGGGAUCCACUCGAGGCCUGCGCCGUUUCCCCGGGCAGGGCCCCGCCUUGCGUUCCCAAGCCUUCCUCCGCGCCCCCGCCCACUGGCACCCAAGGUGGGGAGGAGGGCCUUCUCGCCGCCUGUUUAACGCGUCGGGGAAGCCGCGGUGGAGAAUUUAUCGACGCGUGAGUGGGCGCGCUUUCUCUCGCCCGGGCGCCGACUCCGGAGCAGCGGCCAGGAGUAGGCGAAAUUCCAGGAUGAGGCCGGAACCCUGAGGACUUUGCAAUAUGAAUAAUUCUUUGGAGAACACAAUUUCCUUUGAAGAAUACAUCCGUGUGAAAGCACGAACAAUCCCCCAACAUAGGAUGAAGGAAUUCCUGGACUCCCUUGCCUCCAAGGGCCCUGAAGCCCUACAGGAAUUUCAGCAGACAGCUGCUACUACAACCAUGGUAUAUCAGCAAGGAGGCAACUGCAUUUAUACAGAUAGCACGGAAGUGGCUGGAUCUUUGCUUGAACUUGCCUGUCCUGUUACAACUAGUGUCCAGCAACAAACCCAACAAGAGCAACAAAUACAAGUGCAACAACCCCAACAAGUCCAGGUGCAGGUUCAAGUUCAACAGUCCCCUCAACCAGUGUCCACCCAGCAGCUCUCUCCUCAGCUCACUGUUCACCAAGCUUCAGAGCAGCCAAUACAAGUCCAGGUGCAGAUCCAAGGCCAAACACAGCAGCAAGCAUCCCAGACAAUACAGGGUCAGGCCCUUCAGAGCCCCAGCCCUUCUCAGUUACAGGCGGCUCAGAUCCAGGUGCAGCACGUGCAGACUGCUCAGCAAAUCCAGGCUGCAGAAAUACAGGAGGAACACAUACAGCAUCAGCAGAUCCAGGCCCAGCUUGUGGCAGGGCAGGCGAUUGCUGGAGGACAGCAAAUCCAAAUCCAGACAGUUGGAGCACUUUCCCCUCCUCCAUCUCAGCAAGGCUCACCACGGGAAGGCGAGCGAAGGAUCAGCACCGCCAGCGUCCUUCAGCCAGUAAAGAAGCGCAAAGUGGAUAUGCCUAUUACUGUGUCCUAUGCUAUUUCAGGGCAGCCGGUGGCUACAGUUCUGACCAUCCCCCAGGGCCAGCAGCAGAGUUAUGUGUCCUUAAGGCCGGACUUGUUAACGGUGGAUAGUGCCCACCUAUACAGUGCCACCGGGACCAUAACUAGUCCCACUGGGGAGACUUGGACAAUCCCUGUUUAUUCUGCCCAACCACGCGGUGACCUACAGCAGCAAAACAUUACCCAUAUUGCCAUUCCUCAGGAGGCCUACAAUGCCGUCCAUGUUAGUGGCUCCCCAACAACUUUGGCCACCGUGAAGCUAGAAGACGACAAGGAUAAGAUGGUGGGAGGUGCCUCGGUAGUGAAAAACUCUCAUGAGGAAGUAGUGCAAACUCUUGCCAAUUCCCUUUUCCCAGCACAGUUUAUGAAUGGCAAUAUCCACAUUCCAGUGGCAGUGCAAGCAGUGGCAGGGACCUACCAGAAUACAGCACAGACGGUUCAUAUAUGGGACCCACAACAGCAGCAGUCCACGUCACAAGAGCAGGCACAGCAGCAGCAGCAGCAGCAACAACAACAACAACAAUUGCAAGUUACUUGCUCUGCACAAACUGUUCAGGUAGCUGAAGUGGAACAGCAGCCACAGCCUCAACCUUCCCCCGAACUUCUCCUUCCACAGUCUCUCAAGCCAGAGGAAGGACUAGAAGUAUGGAAGAGCUGGGCACAGACUAAAAAUGCAGAGAUGGAAAAAGAAUCACAGAACCGUCUUGCACCCAUUGGUAGACGCCAGUUAUUGAGAUUCCAAGAAGAUCUCAUAUCUUCAGCUGUAGCAGAAUUAAAUUACGGAUUGUGCUUAAUGACUCGUGAAGCUCGCAAUAAUGAUGGCGAGCCCUAUGAUCCAGAUGUUCUUUACUAUAUCUUUCUGUGCAUUCAAAAGUACUUAUUUGAAAAUGGGCGAGUUGAUGACAUUUUCUCAGAUCUCUAUUACAUACGGUUCACUGAAUGGUUACAUGAAGUUCUCAAGGAUGUGCAGCCUAGGAUCACUUCUUUGGGAUAUGUUCUUCCCAGCCAUGUGACAGAAGAGAUGUUAUGGGAGUGUAAACAGCUGGGAGCUCACUCUCCUGCUACCUUGUUAACCACUCUCAUGUUUUUUAAUACAAAAUAUUUCCUGUUGAAAACAGUAGAUCAACAUAUGAAACUGGCCUUUUCAAAAGUCUUGAGGCAGACUAAGAAGAACCCUUCUAAUCCUAAAGAUAAGAGUACAAGCAUCCGGUAUCUGAAGGCUCUUGGCAUCCACCAGGCAGGCCAGAAAGUUACAGAUGACAUGUAUGCAGAGCAGACAGAGAAUCCUGAAAACCCAUUGAGGUGUCCUAUAAAACUCUAUGACUUCUACCUCUUCAAAUGCCCGCAAACUGUGAAAGGCAGAAAUGAUACAUUCUAUUUGACUCCUGAACCAGUGGUGGCUCCCAAUAGUCCUAUCUGGUAUUCCAUCCAGCCAAUCAGUCGAGAGCAAAUGGAGCAAAUGCUUACCCGGAUUCUGGUGAUUCGAGAAAUUCAAGAAGCUAUUGCGGUGGCCAAUGUCAGCACCAUGCACUAAAGGCAUCCCUCCCAGUUCAGAAAAAGGGUGCAGGGUGGAACUGGGCCGGGUGGAGUGGCAGCGAGGCCAGGAUCAGUUGUACAGCCUUUUACACUAAAGGAGAUGCCUAAGUUUUUUUUUUAAAUUGGUGUAGUUAAGAAGCCCUUUUAGGCUUCUUCUGGUUAAUAAGAGACCCUUUCCAUUGUGUAUCUGACCCUUUUGCAUCAGCUUUCUGGACACAUUGAAGGCUGCAUUCUUUCUUUAGGAGCUCUGAGGUUCCAUAGGUUGACUUUGGGGUUUUUUAUGAUGUGAAGAAAACAAAUUUAAUUGGUGGACUUGGCCUGGGUGGGCCACUACAUUCAAGCUCAUGAACUUGGAAGCAGAAAACGGUGGAUAUCUGCUUGACCUUAAAAAAAAAGGUGGUUUGCAGUUUCCUUGUGCUUGGACACUAACAUGUCCUAGAGGGGAAUGUCCUGCAAUUAUGAUUUAUAAGGAGAAGAAAAUCAAUUUCUAUUAAGACCUUAAAAGUGACAUUUUUAGAUGUUAAGUACAAACUACCACACUUCCUUCUCUCUUUUUCCCCCCCUCCUUUCUCUCUCUCUCUUUCUUUCUCUCUCAUUUGGCCUGAUGUUGAGGCCUUAAAUCCUUGGGCUCCUGUGCCUGAUGAAAUUCUUGUAACAUACACUUGUGUAUCAUAUAAAGAUACCACCCUGUUUCUCUUAUGUAUUCUUAUGCUAGUUGUUUAUUAAGAAUGACAAGCACGUCUUUUGAACAUGCUGUUGAACAAUGUGUCUUUAUUGGGGGAGCAGAAGACAUAAUUAGUAACAUACAGAAUGUCUUACUAUACUAUAUUCCUCUACAAAUUUGCUAGCGUAUUUAAACAAGGGUUGGGUUUUUUUCCUGAUUACCUGAUUCUAUGGGAUUCGUGCAAGAAAUUGUUUAUUAGUAUACUAACUUGUUGCUUUUGUUGUAAUUUUUAAUUAAAUGAAUCUGGAAUUGGGAUAGCAGGUAUUUGAGGCCAGGAGUUUCCUUAUUUUUUUUCAGGUAACCUACUUACCUGAUAGUCUGAGAUUUAGUGCAGAUGUUUAUUAGUACUGGGAUUUAGAGAGCAUAGAAUUCCUUUCUUCUUGAACAUAGCGUUAUCAUAACUUUGACAACUGAUUUUAAUCCAUCAGAAUUUAAGAACAUUCCCUCAUCAUUAUUUCAGCUGGCAGCAGUUGUGUGUAACAUUGAUUGUAGAAAGAGGAAAAGCAAAAACAUGCAGUCCUUAUGGUUUUCUAAGUUGUAUUUUUGAAUCCAUUUGACAUUUGUUUUAUUUGAACUGACAAGUUUUUUUAUUGAAGAACUGAACUAUAAGAACUAUGUUUUGCUGGGACCAAACCCAGUAUUUUGUUUUUCUGCAUUACUUAUUAUAUUUUGGCCGUUUUCUAUUUAAAGAUACUCUGAUGACAACUUCAGAUUUUCCACCAUAUUUUUACCAGUUACAACAAUACUGGUGUGAUUGUUCAGUUCAGCAUUAAUGUUACAGGUUUUUUCCCCUUUCGCAUAAAGCAGCUUGAUUGAGAUUGGAAUUAAAGUCUGAGUAAUUCUGAUUGGUUUACUGAAAAACACAUUUUUCUGCAUUUAAGCAUACUGUUACAGCUACAUUAUAGAAGAGGGCAAGUAACUCAGAUAUCUAUGAAAAAUUACCUGUUGCUUUCCUAAAAACUGCACGAGAAAAGACUGCUAUUUGGUUGUUGUUU